AUGGCUCUCUGCGUUCGCAUCGAACCGGCGAACCCGCAGCUCUGGGCCGCCUUCUCCCCGAUGCCCGAGAUGAUCGUGACGAAUCCGGGCAGAGCGCUGUUCCCGCGCAUCGACGUAAAAAUCGAGAAUCUGCAUCCGGAUUGCUACUACAAAAUUCAGAUGGAACUGAAAAGAGUCGACGGCAAAAAGUGAGUUUGAUUUCUGCUUCGUUUUUCGGUUUUGUGUUCAACUAACGGGUUUUCAGGUACACAUUUGAGAAUGGAGUGUGGAAAGACGUCGGCGACGGAUCGGCGGUCCCGUCGGACGAGCAAAUUGUCGAGCUGCAGGGCGGCGCCAUCAAAAAGGGAUCGCAUUGGAUGGAGAAGGACGUCUCGUUCGAUAACAUUAAAAUCACGAACAAGGAGCUCAAAAAGAGCGAUAAACAUGUACGUUUUUCCAAGUUUCCGAGCCAUUUCAGGAGAUUCUUGCUUUCAGAUUUUCGUGCACAGCAUGCACAAAUACGUGCCCGUCAUCACUGUCCUUCGCGUGGACACCGAUCAAACGAAGACCAUCUGGGAGCCGAGCUCCUAUCCGGUUCAGCAGAAACUCGAUAUUAUGGAGUUCAUGGUGGUCACCGCGUAUCAGGUCGGUCCCUUAGAACUACUUUAACAUGAACGUGAUUUUCAGUGCGACGGAGUGAAUGAUCUGAAGAAACAGAAGAACAAGUACGCGUUCGGCAAGAAGCGCGCCAAUUCCGACGACUCUGAAACGUCUCCGAAUUCGUCGAAACGCAACUCGACCGGCUCGAGCACUUGCUCCGGCUCCUCGAGCUCCUCGCCAACUGCUCCGGUCACGCCGACGACACCAACGCAAACGUCCUUCGGCCAAAUGCCAAUGCCGGCGUGGAACUUCUACGGAUACGGCUACAAUUACCCUUAUUCGAACAUGUUCUGGCCCGGAAACGGACAACAUUUCCCACAAAACUUUAACGCAUUCAACCCGUCAACCUUUCCCCCCAACCUUUGAAUAACUUUUAAAAACGUGACUUCUCCAUCCCAAAGUAUUGAUUGCAUUUAUUAAAAUAAACGUGUUCUCCUAAUCCGCAAACCCUAUCUAAUCAGUUCCAUUCCGCCCGUUCCAGACACUUCCAGAAGGAUAAUUUAUUCCCGAACGCUUGCGACAACAGUGAUGAGAGCGUUUCUCGUCGUGCUGCUCACCGUCUCCGCCGUCGUCGUCGGCCAAUUGUUCAGCGGCAAACACAAAGCGACGAUCGAGAACGAUCUGAACUUGUACGACAACGACGAGCACAUCAUCCAGACGAACGUCUCGAUUCCCGACGUCGUCAUCAACAAGUUCUUCCCGCUCGACCCCGGCGACAUUCAGCAGACGUUGAUUGUGAGAUUCAUCAAGAAUCCCAAGAGUCUUUCUGAUCAUUAUUGUAGAACCACGUGAAUGUUGCCGCCGACGAGUUCAAGAUCCUUCUGGCGAACGAUAAGGCGAAGGCGGAGAGCUUCGUGGUUCAGCUGCCGACGGUGAAGGUGAAGAAUCCGAGCAAGAUCCAUUCAAAGCGUGACGCCGAGCCAUCCAUCGACAGUACGUCUCCACCUUUAAGAGAGAAGGUUUUCAAGAAUUCGUGUUCGUUUUCAGUGGCCGCCACCGUUGAACUCUACCGCCAAACGCUCGAUUUCCUCGACAAGUACGACGUGGAUUUGAUCGUCGACUGA